AGCGGUAAUAUUUACGUUGUCUUGUCAGUCUCAAAUUUUCAGUUCCCCACAUCAAACUCGAGGACCGAGGAAGAAUAAAAUCCUUCGAAAUGAAAUGUAUCGCCGGUUAAAAUGCAGAUGUGACAUAUGCGCCCCCAGUUUACUGUCGAGAUUUAUGCCUAAACCCUGUUGCAUUAGAUGGAUCGGGCUGGUAUUGAGUGUGGCGUUCAUUGGAUACGUUUUUUUGAGAGUUCUGGAACCCUGUAAGCCACUAGUCGACGGUCCCGCAGUGUACUAAUAUGUACAUUAGUCAAUUCGGCAGUUGCAAGAAACCAAGGAUCCCAAAGUUUGAAAACUACAGUAUUUCGGAGCAUAAUGCAGAGUCUUCGCUUUGCUCGUGCAAACCGACACUCAAAAUUGACUCAAAAUUUAGAUUUUUGGAGGGAAGCAACGCGUCGACUUCUACACCGGAUAUACCACGCGGAGAACGGGAGUGUAGUUGCGAUCUGUUGCUCCAAGAACCAGUUCGAAAAAUUAGCGUCAAGGCAAUUUUAAAGCAAGCCGAUGAUUGCUCAGAUGGAGUUUCCGUUGUGACCGUCGCUUCUUCCAAGUCCAAAAAUAACUGUAAGAAACUGUCGUUUGCGGGAGAUCAAAAAAAUGUGAAACGUUGCCCCCCACCAAAUCCUAAAGACAAAAAUAUAAGUGUAAAUGUGCAAGUAAACCUGAAAAAGAAGAGGAAAAAAAGGUGCGAUUGUAACAGGAUUGGAAACGAGACUGGCACUAGCACAAAACAAGUAAGAAAAUGUGUUUGCAAACGGGAGAAAGUAAAGAAAAGGAAGAAGUCGUGCGAAUGUCGUGUUUCAAAGCCCAUUGUUAUAUUCAAUAAGCCUCCCGAAAAGAGAGAAAAUUUCAUAAUGGACGCCAUUAAGAAAUUCGUUUCUAAUAAUAGGGAUGUAAAUUUCUUCCCUUAUUUUCAUCUAAAUAAUCGAAACGGAUCCCAACAACAAAGUGGGCCAGAGAAAACGGUACAGUACACUUGCACACAAAAAAUUGACAAAAAACGGUGUAAAUGUAAACACAAACAGACUUCGGUUGUGAGUAAGGCACCGCAAUUGGAAGAUAUUAGAGAACAUUCCUUUGAAUCCCAGAAAAAUAAAGCUUCCAUUAAUGCCUCCGUGGAAAGCAGAUCAGGUAGAAGUAGCGCACCAAUGUCAGAGAAUCGAAACAGAGAACAUUCCAAUUCAAAUGGAAAAAGCAACGAUACUAAAGUGAACGCCUCUUUAAAGGAAAUCUAUACAGGAGGCAAAGCUUCUUAUGACUCCCAAGCGAUCGAGGCUAAAAAGUAAAAGAUGCGAAAUGAAACAAUUGUCUAAAUUAGAAUUUAUCCGAAAAAACUAG